AUGGCGGCGGGCGUGAAACCCCUGCUGCAGCGCUGCCCCUCUCCCGUCCUGGCGCUGGGUUGUGAAAUAGGAAGAACUCAUAUAAGGCUAGCAAACCUCCCGCGUUUCCACCCAGCCGUCUACCAAUCCACAUCGAACACCCUUGCCAACCAACCCCCCUCCCCGCUCCAACAGCGGCCCGCACAGCCAUACAGAAUACCAUCAGGUUCCAGGGAUGCCCUGCGCCAAUACCGCGACCUCGUCGCAGGUGUGACACUCACACCACGCGGCUCCUCGACAACGAGCAGUAGCAUGAAGCCUUCAAAGCCGCGACUUGAUCCGCUGGGCAGCCCCGGCCCCGUGACGCCCUUGGCGCUAGAGGAAAAUGAGGGUGGAUAUUUCGUCGCUGGGGCUUCCAGGUCGCCGCCGCCAGACUCCAAUGCGAGGAAUCAUAAUAAUGGCCCUGUGUCGCCACGGGAACUGGUCGAGAAGCUCAUCCAGCGGGAGACUGAGAAGUUAGGGUCUCAAGGCUUGUCGAGGAAGGAGAACCAGAGUCGAUGA